AAUCUGCUCUCCAGUCUGCCAACAUGGUUCGAGGCAUAGAGGGAAACGAAAUGUCGACCCCCCGGGCUUCGUCUCAGAAGAAGCAGCCGGCAUCCGCCUCCCAGUCGGCCAAAAAUCAGAAGUCCAUCCUGGGCUUCUUCCAGAAGAAGUCCACCAAUUCGCCAACUCCUACACGCGACACGAAGGGAAUACCUACGCCAACCCUUUCUCAAACACCGUCCGCAACCCAUGUGCCAUCCCUCACGCCUCAGCCAAGCAGUGAUCCUGCCCAGCCCUCAAGUCCCCUCCGGCAAGAGCGACUGGGCAAUCAGGGGAAGAAUAAAGAGAAUGAGGUCACAGGCAUCACCGUCAACAGCCCCUCGAGAAAGGCCCGGAAGGCUGUAAACUACGCUGAAUCGGAGGACGAAGAUGACGAAGUCUUUAAGCCAAUCGAUAAUGGUGCGCGCACGGGACGAGCUUCUAAACGUAGACGUGUGGUUGUAGACGAGGAUUCGGACGAUGAGUUUGCCCUCGAUGAAGCCACCCAGCAAGCGCUGGUUGAGGAUGACAUUGACGACUUCAUCGCACCUGACGAUUCUGAGGAAGAGGCUCCCUCGAAUAAACGCAAGCGUCAACGACCUUCCAAGCCGAGCACAAAAGCGGCGCUCCCAUCUUCGCCGCCUGUGACUAUACAGAAAGAUGACAGCGACGAUGACAAGGACAUUGUCAUGGGCGGUGUGCCUUCCACUGCACAACAAUGGACAUUCGACCCGGACAAUCUCGAGCCGCUGAAACCUCGCACAGCUAUACGUGUACCCAAGACUGACGCAAGCAAGGCCAAGGUAAAGGCUUCUUCUAUAACUCCUGAGAAGCGACACUUGUGGCUUGCGAAUCAGGUCGAUGCGGAACGGAGGCCUCCAGAUCACCCAGACUAUGAUCCACGGACUCUGUACAUUCCUCCAAAUGAUUUCGAUAAGCUUUCUGCUUUCGAAAAACAGUACUGGGAGAUCAAAAAGAAGUUCUGGGAUUCGAUUGUGUUCUUCAAGAAGGGUAAAUUCUACGAGCUGUAUGAGAAGGACGCUGUUAUUGGCCACCAGCUGUUCGAUCUGAAGCUGACCGACCGUGUCAACAUGAGUAUGGUUGGGGUGCCCGAAGCAUCCCUGGACCUAUGGGCAAACCAAUUCGUCGCCAAAGGGUACAGGGUAGCACGGGUGGAUCAGAUGGAAUCUGCUCUUGCGAAAGAAAUGCGCGAGAGGGGUGACAAGAAACCAAGCAAGGCGCCGAAGAAGGAAGAUAAGAUCAUCCGACGGGAACUAGCUGGUGUCCUGACCCUGGGUACUCUUACAGAAACCGGUAUGCUCACAAACGACAUGUCUACGUAUUGCAUGGCGAUCAAGGAAACUGAUCGUGACAACUUACCGACCUUUGGAGUCGCUAUCGUGGACACCGCUACAGCUCAAUUUCAGCUUUGCGAGUUCACUGACGAUAUCGACAUGACUAAAUUCGAAACCCUCAUUGCCCAAAUGAGACCGCAGGAGCUCAUCAUCGAAAAGUCAUGUAUUUCCGCGAAAGCUCUACGAAUAUUGAAGAAUAACACAACGCCGUCGACGCUCUGGAACUACCUCAAGCCUGGCAAAGAAUUUUGGUCAGCUGACGACACUGUACGCGAGAUCGAAGCAUCGCAGUACUUUGUGUCUGCUACAGAAGAUGACGUUGAAGCGUGGCCUCCCGUCCUUCGCGAAGCUCGCGAUCACGACUUGGCAAUGUCAGCUUUCGGCGCCCUUCUGCAGUAUCUUCGCGUCCUUAUGAUCGAACGGGAAUUGGUCACGCUGAGCAAUUUUUCCUGGUAUGAUCCAAUACGGAAAGCCACCAGCUUGGUACUUGAUGGCCAAAGCCUGAUCAAUCUGGAGAUCUUUGCGAAUAACUUCGAUGGAUCGGGUGAAGGCACAGUCUUCAAGCUUCUGAAUAGAUGCAUUACGCCAUUCGGCAAGAGACUAUUGAAACAAUGGGUCUGCCACCCUCUUGCAGAUGCAAAGAAAAUCAAUGCUCGCCUCGAUGCUGUUGAUGCAUUGAAUUCAAACCCAGACGUUACGGAAAGUUUCACCGCUUCUCUGGGAAAAUUGCCAGAUCUGGAGCGUUUGAUUUCAAGGAUACACGCAGGACGCUGCAGAGCCCAGGACUUCUUAAAUGUUCUCGAAGGGUUUGAACAGAUUGAAUACACCUUUGAGCUGCUCAAACAGUUCAGCGAAAACGACACUGUUAUCCAACAACUUGUCUCUUCUAUGCCGGAUCUCUCCGGCGUCCUGGAAGACUGGAAAUCUGCUUUUGAUCGCAAGGCCGCCAGAUCGGACGGCGUGCUCGUUCCCGCACCAGGCAUAGAAGAAGACUUCGACAACAGUCAGGACGAGAUCAGCACCUGUCAAGACAACCUGAAUCGCCUCUUGAAGAAAGCACGAAGCGAUCUCAAUUGCACGGCUAUUGUCUAUAACGACCUCGGGAAAGAGAUAUACCAACUUGAGGUGCCUAAGAAGGUCAAGGUGCCCAAGGAUUGGGAUCAGAUGUCUGCCACUGCUAAGGUUACUCGAUACUACUCGCCUGAAUUACGUAAACUCGUCCGAGCUCUCCAGGAAGCGCAAGAGACCCACGGUCAGAUUGUUCGUGACGUGGCCGGACGUUUCUGUAAACGUUUCGACGAGAACUACGCGACGUGGCUAGCUGCAGUCAAAGUCGUUGCGCAGCUUGAUUGCCUGAUAAGUCUUGCAAAAGCAUCGGCCUCGCUUGGAGAACCAAGCUGUCGUCCCGUCUUCUCCGAGGCAGAGCGCAGCAUUGUCGAUUUCCAGGAACUUCGCCAUCCCUGCAUGUUGAAUACCGUGGACGACUUUAUUCCCAAUGACAUAACCUUAGGCGGAGGUACCCCGAGCAUCAACCUACUCACGGGUGCCAAUGCCGCUGGUAAGUCGACGAUCCUUCGAAUGACAUGCGUUGCAGUCAUUAUGGCACAAGUAGGUUGUUAUGUGCCUUGCACAUCUGCCACACUUACGCCCAUCGAUCGCAUAAUGUCUCGUCUCGGCGCCAACGACAACAUAUUCGCUGCUCAGUCCACCUUCUUUGUUGAGCUGUCCGAAACGCAAAAGAUACUUACAGAGGCUACGCCACGUUCGCUGGUCAUCUUGGAUGAGCUUGGCCGUGGUACCUCGUCAUAUGACGGAGUAGCAGUCGCGCAAGCUGUUCUUCACGACAUUAGCACUCGCAUUGGUUGCGUCGGCUUCUUUGCCACUCAUUACCGCUCUUUGGCAAAGGAAUUUGAAGGGCAUCCAGAGAUCUUGAACAAGAGGAUGCGUAUCCACGUGGAUGAUGCUUCACGAUCCAUCACCUUUUUGUACAAGCUUGAAGAUGGUGUUGCUGAAGGAAGCUUCGGUAUGCACUGUGCAGCUAUGUGCGGGAUUCCCAGCAAAAUCAUUGAGAAUGCAGAAAUCGCGGCUAAGGAGUGGGAGCAUACGUCGCGUCUGGGAGAACGUAUGGAGACCAGAAAAGAGGAGGGAGCGGCGUAUUUGCCACUGGGAAUGCAAAGUGACAUUGCCUGGGCUCUGCGAGAGGGCCUCCAGGGUGUUGGAGACAGAGCUUUGGACACACUCAGAGCUGCCCUUGCCGCCCUUUGAGGAGCAGGUUGUUCCAGCGUACUCGCUUCGUAAAGCGUUGAGCAAGUCCUUGGAACCAUUCAGCAGCAUCAUUAAGGGCGUUUCUGUUGUCCUGUAUCACUAUUAGCGAUGUAUAUUACCGUCACGAAAGCAGGCCUUCGGUGGUAGUGGGAUAUGUUUUAAAUUGCCACGCUCGAGCAAUGUGCUGGGACUCUGUAGCGAG